AAUUACUGGAUCUGUACACGAGGCUGCUGUCUUUUGGAUGUUUCAGAUAUGAUCAGAGUUUUAUUUUGAAUUGUGAGGUCAUUUAAGCAGCUGCUGGAUUUAAAAGCUUUUGAUCUACUUUGAAGACACAAUGAUCUUCAUUUCAGCUGAAAAACGACACUUCGCUUUUUACUUGUCAGUUGGUCUGUUGAGUAUACCACUGCUUGCAGAAUGCAUUGAGGUUAAGCUGGUCGGGCCUUCACGUUGCUCUGGUAGACUGGAGGUCUUGCACACAGGCAGUUGGGGAACUGUGUGUGAUAACCAAUGGAGCCUCGCCAACGCUGACGUGGUAUGUCGAGAGUUAAACUGCGGGACAGCUCUUGAGGCCACUAAAGGCGCCUCUUUUGGAGAGGGAAAGAACAUGAUCUGGUUGGAUGAUGUGCAGUGUACUGGUCAUGAGACAUCUGUCCUCAAGUGCCCACACAGACCAAUGGGGCAAAAUAACUGCGGCCACUCUGAAGAUGCUGGGGUUACCUGUUCAGAACAUGUGAAGGUAGUCAACGGAAGCAAUCGGUGUACUGGCAGAGUGGAAGUCUACCAUGAAGGCAACUGGAAACGAGCAUGCAAAAGUGACUGGGCGACGUUAGACGCUGUCGUGGUGUGCCGAGAGCUUAACUGUGGCACCCCUAUCACUCAGACUGAAGAGCUACAUUUUGGAGAGUCACGUGACCUGCAUGGUAUCAAACCCAACUGUUUAGGAAAUGAGAGCUCUAUCUCACUGUGCAGAAUUCAGGAAAGCAAGGAAAGCUGUGUGGAUGCUACUAUCGUCUGUGAACACAGUACACCAAUUCGACUGGUAAACGGUUCUUCUGAUGGUCGGUGCUCUGGACGUGUGGAAGUCUACCACGAUGGAAAUUGGGGAACGAUUUGUGAUGACGAAUGGGGGAUGCAGGAAGCAGAUGUGACAUGUCGAGAGAUGAAUUGUGGGAAUGCUAUCUCUGUCAAGUACGAGUCUUUUUUCGGAAGAGGUCAGGAUCAGAUUUUGUUGGACGAUGUUGAGUGCACUGGUCAUGAGAAGUCCCUUUCUGAAUGCCCGCACAGAGGUUUUGGAGAACACGACUGUGACCACAAUGAAGAUGCUGGUGUUAUAUGCUCAGCUACAAUUAGACUGAUCAAUGGGACUGACCAUUGCUCUGGCAGGGUUGAGUUCUACACUGGUGUCAAAUGGGCAACACCAUAUAAUGUUAACUGGGGAAUAAAUGAAGCAACAGUGGUGUGCAGAGAGAUGAAUUGCGGAGAUCCUGACAAGCUUCCAGGAUCAUACGGUCAUGGCGGACAUCCUGGAGGGUAUCAGGUCAGCUGUAACGGUAGAGAGAGUUCUCUCUCACAGUGCACACUGAGAGAACGUGGAAGAACAAGCCAUGAUCGCAUUGAAGAGGCAUCUGUCAAAUGUUUAGGCAAUGUGAGGUUGUCCAAUGGGUCCAGUCGUUGUGCUGGAAGAGUGGAGUUUUACGACAACGGCCAGUGGGGCACUGUGUGUGGUGAAUCCUGGGGUGUGAAUGAUGCAAAUGUGGCGUGCAGACAGCUUGACUGCGGGACAGCUCAUAAGAUUACCACAAAGACUGAGUAUGGCCAUGGCACAGGACAUACCUGGAUCAAUCGAAUCGAUUGCUAUGGAUUGGAGUCAACACUGGGUCAGUGCUCACAAAGUCCUUUAAGAGACAGAACCUGCAACACUACCUCAGUUGCUGGUGUUGUCUGCACAGGAAGUUUGGAGGUCCGGUUGGCGAAUGGUAAGGAUGUGUGCUCUGGCAGAGUAGAGGUCCGUCAUGGCGACAUGUGGCAAACUGUGUGUGACACAGACUGGAACCUGAGUAAAGCUCAGGUGGUGUGUGAGCAGCUUGAAUGCGGUGAGGCCAAGAACGCUCCAGGCGGUGCCCAUUUUGGUGAAGGCAGUGGACCAGUAGUGGAGGCGAGCAAUUCAUGUUUUGACAAUGUGACAUCUCUUCGGCAAUGCUCGGCCAAAGGUUACAGAGGAGCAAGCUGUGGGCACGGACAUGACGCUGGCACUGUCUGUGCAGCACAGAUUCGGUUGGUCGGCGGCACAGGUCAAUGCUCCGGUAGAUUGGAGAUUCUCUUCAAAGGCCAGUGGGGGACUGUGUGUGAUGAUGAAUGGUCACUUGGCAAUGCUGAUGUGGUAUGUAGACAGCUUAGCUGCGGACAUGCAGUUUCUGCUCCUUCAAGUGCCCACUUUGGUAGAGGCACUGGUCCAAUAUGGCUGGAUAAUGUGGAGUGUGCAGGCGAAGAGAAUGCAAUCACACAUUGUCCGCACAACGGUUUUGGAGAAAAUGACUGCGGGCACGGAGAAGAUGCUAGUGUUAUCUGUAUAGGUGCUCUACACAAGCCCAAAAUCACUUUGAUUCCCGCUCCAGAGGUAAACUGGGGUACCAAAGUUGAGAUCACAUGCACUAUACUAGCAGAACAGUUGGGCGGGACAUUCGUCCUGAAGAGGACCCAAGACUCCUUUAAAAUGGAAAGAUACACGGAGAAUGAACUUGCAACCUUUAUCUUCCAUUCAGUAGAUUUCAACCAGAAGGGGUCAUAUUUCUGUGAAUAUCAAAAGAAAUUGCCCAAUCAAGUCAUCUAUUUUCCUCAAGGAGAAACGGCAGAGCUCUCCAUCAUAGUGAAACUGGAAAAACCCACCCUCUCCCUGUCGUCUCCUUAUGCAAUGGUGGUCUACACCCCUGACAAAAUAUCGGUCACCCAAGGGAACAGCUUCUCCAUCAUUUGCUCUACUCAUUCCAUAUACACUGGAGGUUUCUUCUAUCUGACAAAGUCCCACAACAAUGCCACUGAAGCGAUGCCUGCAUUUAGCUAUUACACCAUCCACCACAUGACAACCUUUAACUUUCCUGCAAUAGAUUAUAAAACCCAAGGGGAUUAUAGGUGCAUCUACGGAGUGAACAUUUCUUCAAUGUCCUUCUCUUCAGUUCCCUCCAAGUCACUCCAAGUCUCUGUAGUCGCGGCCUCAUCCUCUUCAGUGGUCACAGGAUGGGUUGUGGGUUUGCUGUUAGUGUUACUUGUGGGGGUUAUAGGUUACCUGAUGUGGAGAAAGAGAAGGAGGGUUGCUGGUACUAUGGUUCAGUUCAGUAACAGGUUUGGAGGAGCAUUAAAGGAUGAUCUCGACGACAGGUGCAAUGGAGCCCUCUAUGAAAGUGCCAGAAAUACCCAAGACAAUGAGCAGACGCACAGCCCCGGGCAGGAAGAAAACAAUGCUGAUGUUGAUAACUCUGUGGAGAGGAUCCCUGAAGAUCUGGCUGGGAGAGUGUGCUAUGAGCUAGAACCACUCGUUUUUCCUUGAUAACUAAAUGCAUCAAGUAAUGAAGAAUGUCGUGCAAUUUCACAAAACGUGAAAUGUUUGGGUGGUUAAAGUUUAUAAGUCUGCUGCAUCUUUAACGACAGCCAACAAUGGUGUCACAGUGUAUCGGUGACUAGCUGAUGAUCUGUUGCUCUUUCAGGAAGACCAGGUUUAAGUGUGUUUUUACACAACAUUUUAUUUUUUUAAUCUACACACUUCCUCAAAUAUAUGCUGCAUUCUUUGCUUUAUUCCUGUUGUGGCUUACAUUUGACAGAGAGAUUCUAUUGAUCAGAAAGCUUAGAUCAACUGACCUGCAGGAGUAGGCUGAUUACAUUGUCUUUGCAUUCUAUGGUAAUUUGCUUUAUUUGGUGUAUGUGAAUGCAGAUCAAUAAAUAUAUAUUUCUUACCGCG